AUGUCCGACGACGCAUACCUUUCCUUCCUCGACAAGGCGAACAAAGACCUCGACGCGGGGCGACAGACGCAGACGCAGCCGCAGACACAGUCCCAGGGAGACGGUCGCACGAAAUCCCUCGAUGUCGCAGCUAGCGAGAUCCCCGCCCCUCUUAUGGGCGUAGAGGUCUAUUAUGUUUCUGAAACGGAUGAGCCGUUCGAGCCCGUUGUGUUGGCGUGGGAGGGUGCAAAGCGGGGAGUGUGGCCUGGAACCAAACAAUUCGCCUCGUUGAUUUCAAGUAACGAACCCCCCGUCGAAACGAUGUCACCUGCCUCGUUCGAUCCGCGCGAUCAAUACGCAAGUGUCUUCAAGGCUGUACGGGCUGCGGUCGGCGGGUCGGAAGUUGACCAGGCGGGAGUCGACGUCAAGGUAUAUCGGGUCGAGGUUGGGUCGUCGACGGUCGAGUAUUGGGUUGUUGCGUUGGAUGCGGGCGGGAGGCUUGUUGGGUUGAAGGCCCAGGGGGUUGAGACGUAA